CCUCGUCAGGCCAGCGUAGGGUUCCUCGAUGUCCGCCUCCGCUACAGGGCAACCGAGCAGCACCACAGUUUCCCAACAGAUACAAAAUUCGCACCUGAACAUUUCUGACAAGUCCAGCAUGGCUGUCUUCGACGUACGCCUCCCCAAUGGCCCACUGUACCAUGAUAUCGACGGCGUAAUACGACUCAGCCGAAACAUCCCUGCCGAAAUGCUACGCUCCGCGCUCAGUUAUAAGCCGCAGCCCGAUGACAAGUUCGUCGUCACGUAUCCAAAGUGCGGAACAACGUGGACACAACACAUUGUCUUCUUGAUCUUCAACAAAGGCGUGCCUCCGUCCAGUGGCCUGGAGUUCCUUAACAGGAGCCCCUUCAUCGAGAUGAUAGGUGCCGACAGUGUGCGUGACAUGACAGGUCCCGGACUGAUUAAAACGCACCUUCCUUACCACCUCUGUCCCAUGCAUCCGCAGGCCAAGUACCUCUACGUAUGCCGCAAUCCUAAGGACACUUGCGUGUCCAUGUUCUACCACACACGAGGUUUCAUCGGAUAUGACUUCGCCGAUGGCAAGUUCGACGACUUCUUCGAAAUGUUCAUCUCCGGCGAUACCGAAUACGGGGACUACUUUGACCACGUUCAGGGUUGGUACGAGCACCGCAACGACCCGAACGUCCUCUUACUGCACUACGAAGACAUGAAGGCCGUGCCGCGAGAGAGCGUGCUCAAGAUUGCCGAGUUCUUCGAUGAGACCUACCACAAGUUGCUGCUGGAGAACGAGGACAUCCUCCAGAACGUGAUCAAAUACAGCGACGUCAAAUCGAUGAAGGACUACGCCUUGCGGAAUUUCAGGAACUUCUUCGCCAAGAAAAUAGAGGGAGAAGCGCCCGAGGGUCUCAGGGUCUUCCACGAGGUUUCGCAGAAGAAUCCUUCUACGGAUAUCUUCAUCCGCAAGGGCAUCGUCGGAGACUGGAAAAACCAUUUCUCGCCAGAACAGAACGCCAGGCUGGAGCAGAAGGUUUUGGAACGACUAGCCAACACGGAUUUGAUGGACAUCUGGCGUAAGCACAGUGUUAUGUAGUCGUGGCAAAAUCACAAUGUGUCAGCUCAUAGCGGCUGUGAGUGCAUUAUAAAGUAGCAUAAUUUCCACUGCAAGCAGCGUCCAUCCUGGGAUGGUUUCAACUUCUCUCAUCUCCGCAAACUAAUUAAGCUAGGCAUCUUUACUUUCAGGGACACAUCUUCGCGGUCAUAAAUACGUUGUAGCUCAAGAACACCUUUUUAACCUUCUGGCAGACGGAGUUAAACCACAGCACCCGCAAAUAUUGAUCACAAACGGAGGUCUUAAAUUGGCAUCUGAGCUCUCGAAGCGCUAGUAUCCGAGCAGAAGAGUUGUUUUAGCACAUGUUACAACCACACAAAUAAAGCAGACAACAAAGCCAUUGAAAGCGUGGGACACUUGACUGUUAUCUUUAAUUGAAAAGUAAACAUGCAGAAAGUGUAUUAAAAAAGAAUUUGCCGCAGGCGGAGUUCUAACGUGCGUCUGCCGCAUCUUCUUUCUUGACUUUUAGUCAUAUUUUGCUGCAGCGAUUCAACUGAACGCAGCAGCAAUAUCUGACAGAGUUCAAUGUUGAACAGUCCGUACUCUUGCACACGCUAGAAGAAAAUGUUUUUAUGCCAACUGCGUUGAUAUCUUUUUAGUUCCUGGUAUAUCAUACUCAUAUAUUUCAAGUUAAAGUCUUAUAUAGUGUAUAAAGCUUUACUAACUGGGAACUGAGAGCGGCUAACGGUGCGUUAGGACAGAAGCGCGAGUCCCAGCACGAGUGUCGAAACCAUGCCUAGCGCUGGUGAUAAUGAUUGGCCAGCGUUCGUCGUCUUCACUACAAUUGCCCCCUGGAAUGAAA